AUGUUUCGUACGAUUUCCAAGUUGGGCAACCCCGCCCUGCGGAAGGUCGCGGCGGCACAGAUUGCCGCCACAAAGGAGGCAGGCACGUACAAGAGCGAGCGCAUCAUCACCUCGAGGCAGUCGGCCAUGAUCAACGUCCAGGCCAGCGACAAGCCCGUUCUGAACUUCUGUGCCAACAACUACCUUGGCCUCGCCGGGAGCCCCGAGGUGGUGGAGGCGGCAAAGGCGGCGCUCGACACGCACGGCUACGGUCUGGCAUCAGUGCGCUUCAUCUGCGGCACCACCGACAUUCACAAGCAGUUGGAGGACACCAUGACGAAGUUUCUUGGCACCGAGGACACCAUUCUCUACCCGAGCUGCUUUGACGCCAACGCCGGUGUCUUUGAGGCUCUGUUAAAUGAGGAGGACGCCAUCAUUUCGGACGCACUAAACCAUGCAAGCAUCAUUGAUGGCGUGCGUCUGUGCAAAGCGGAAAGGCACCGCUACGCCCACAUGAACAUGGCGGAGCUUGAAACCGCCCUUCAGAAGACGCAGGGUAAGCGCAUUCGCCUUAUUGUGACCGAUGGCGUCUUCUCCAUGGACGGUGACGUUGCGCCGCUGGACAAGAUUGUGACCCUUGCCGAGAAGUAUAAUGCAAACAUCAUGGUCGACGACUCCCACGCCACAGGGUUCAUGGGGGAGGGUGGCCGCGGCACGCCGACGCUGUUUGGUGUCGUGGACAAGAUUGACAUCGUUAACACGACCCUGGGAAAGGCACUUGGUGGCGCCAGCGGUGGCCUGUCGUCGGGUUCCAAAGAAAUUGUUGAGCUCCAGCGCCAGAAGGGUCGUCCGUACCUGUUCUCCAACACGAUUGCCCCCGCUGCGGUUGGCGGUUCGCUGAAGGUAAUGGAGCUUCUGCAACGCUCAUCCUCUGCGCAGAAGAGGCUGCAAGAGAACACGCGGCUCUUCCGCACCGAGAUGAAGAAGGCUGGCCUAACUCUCAGUGGACACGAGGAGUGCCCUAUCGUCCCUGUGAUGCUAUACGAUGCCCGCAUCGCCGGUGAGUUUGCCUCCCGGAUGAUGUCGCAAGGCAUUUACGUCAUUGCCUUCAGCUACCCGGUCGUGCCAAAGGGCCAGGCUCGCAUCCGCGUGCAGCUUUCCGCGGCGCACAGCACCGAGGAUGUGAUGCGUGCCGUUGAUGCAUUCAAGGUGAUCAAGAAGGAGCUCAACAUGUAG